AUGACGAUCCAGUUCCGUUCACUCUUCCCCCUGGCCCUGCCUGGAGUGCUGGCGCUCCUCGGCUGGUGGUGGUUUUUCGCCCGUAAAAAAGAGCCCCUCGACAGCCACGAAAGAGCGGCGGAGGCGGGCGCGGUGGUGCCGCGAGCCGGCCCCGGCCCUGCCGCCCAGGAGGCGCUGCCCGCGGAAGACGCUCGGCCUGGAGCCGCCAGCCCACCGCCGGAGAGGGAGCUGUGCGGCGGCGGCAGGCCCUCGCUGGAGCCGCCGGCCCUGCUGCGAGCACACCCGGUCUGCCGGAGGUCCGAGUCCUCGGGCAGCCUUCCCAACCCCACUGACGCGAGACUACGCCCGGGAGUGCGCAAGGAGGUGGAGCUCGCCCUCGCGGGCGACGAAGCCAAGGCUGUCCCUCUGGAGUGUCCCCUGCCAGCCCCCAAGGGCCUUCCGUUCCCCCACGAGGCGGUCGAGGUGUGUAAGCUAGAGGCCGUGCUGGGCCGGCCGGUGGGACGGGUCCACCAGGGCCAGCCUGCAGCCCCCGCCGAGAAGCCCGGCCCCGGAGAGAAGGCCCGGGAGACUGGGGGCGCCGAAGGCACCGGGGAUGCGGUGCUGGGAGAUAACGUCCUGGAGGAAGUGCCGGCGGCCUGGGAGCCGGGCCCCGAGUUAGAGUUACAGAGUGGCCGGGCGGCCGGAGCGGGAGAGAAGGGCCCGGGCCGCCCGCUGGACGAGGACGUGGCGGAGGUGGCGCCCGAGGAGACGCUGGCGCCCGGAGGCCGGGCGACCGGAGCCUGGGAUGGAGUCUUUCCCCGGGAGCAGGGCUGGGAGGAGACCUGGGACAGAAGCGAGAAGAUCGAGCAGGCUGCCUUCCAGAUCAUCUCCAAAGUGAUCCUGGAGGCCACCGAGGAGGUGCUGGCCACCACUGUGGGCAGGAUCGCGGGCCGGGUGUAUCAGGCCUCAGCCGCCCAUCCCCAAGGGCCGAAGGAGGAGAGCUGUGUCCCCGCCAGCCAGAAAGCCCCCCUGGGCCUGGAGGCCUCGGAGCCCAUCCUGGCUGCCGCGGAGGCGGCCGCGGCUCUGGGGGACACGGCCCUCCCCUCCGCAGAGCCACCAAUGGCAGACCAGCCAGCACCAAAGACCUACGUGAGCUGCCUGAGCAGCCCUCUGUCCAGCCCCACCAAGGACAGGAAGCCAAAGAACUCUGCACACCACAUCUCCCUGGCCCCCUGCCCGCCGCCGGCCACCCCCCUGGGCGAGUUGCUGGAUGAGGCAGGCGGCCCUGGGGAAGAGGCCACCCGUGUCCCCUGCAUGUCUGACAGCGGCCAGUCUGUCCCCUCCGGGGCCGCCUCCAGGCAGCGCUCAGAUUCUGCCAGCACCUCGGGGCUUGAAGACUGUUGUACGGAGACCUCCUCCAGCCCCAGGGGCGAGGCUGCCACCCCACCGCUGCCCGAGAGUACUGUGCCUGUCAGCAACGGGGUGCUGAAGGGGGAGCUGUCGGACUUGGGGCCUGAGGACGGAUGGACCGUGGAUGCGGAAGCAGACCAUUCGGGAGGUUCAGACGGGAACAGCAUGGACUCGGUGGACAGCUGCUGUGGCCUCAGGAAGCCUGACGGUUUCCAGAAUGCCCAGGCAGGCUCCAACCCCAAGAAGGUCGACCUGAUCAUCUGGGAGAUCGAGGUGCCAAAGCACCUGGUUGGUCGGCUGAUUGGCAAGCAGGGACGCUACGUGAGUUUUCUCAAGCAGACAUCUGGUGCCAAGAUCUACAUCUCCACCCUGCCUUACACCCAGAACAUCCAGGUCUGCCACAUCGAAGGCUCUCAGCAGCACGUGGACAAGGCACUGAGCUUGAUCGGCAAGAAGUUCAAAGAACUGAACCUCACCAACAUUUAUGCCCCCCCGCUGCCUUCGCUGGCGCUGCCUUCUCUUCCAAUGACUUCCUGGCUCAUGCUCCCGGAUGGCAUCACUGUGGAGGUAAUCGUGGUCAACCAGGUCAACGCCGGGCACCUCUUUGUGCAGCAGCACACACACCCUACCUUCCAUGCGCUGCGUAGCCUGGACCAGCAGAUGUACCUCUGCUACUCUCAGCCUGGGAUCCCCACCUUGCCCACCCCAGUGGAGAUAACAGUCAUCUGCGCUGCCCCUGGCGCGGAUGGGGCCUGGUGGCGAGCCCAGGUGGUGGCCGCCUACGAGGACACCAACGAGGUCGAGAUUCGCUACGUCGACUACGGCGGCUACAAGAGGGUGAAAGUCGACGUGCUGCGGCAGAUCCGGUCUGACUUUGUGACCCUGCCGUUCCAGGGGGCAGAGGUGCUUCUGGACAGCGUGAUGCCUCUGUCAGACGAUGACCACUUCUCGCCUGAGGCGGACGCAGCUAUGAGCGAGAUGACGGGGAACACAGCGCUGCUGGCUCAGGUGACGAGUUACAGCCCGACUGGCCUGCCUUUGAUUCAGCUGUGGAGCGUGGUUGGAGAUGAAGUGGUGUUGAUAAACCGGUCGCUGGUGGAGCGAGGACUUGCUCAGUGGGUGGACAGCUACUACUCGAGCCUCUGA